GGGUGUGGCAUACAAGUGCAUCUGGACGCAUCGAGGCGAGAGCAUUUGUAUAAACCGAAUGUAUUGUUUGUUUUAUUUGAAUACGGUGGGCGAGAAGAACAAAAAGAUGAUCAGGUAAUGAAUGAAACUUGGGAAUCAUGCAAAGCCACACCUCCUUCACCACAUUCUUACGUGUCUUCUUCUCUUCAUCCCAAAUCUCCUUUUUACUACUAUAUUUUUUUCAAUCCCAUUUAUAUAUAUCUUGUGUUACAAUAUCAAAUUAUAUAUAUAUCUCAUCUACCCUCUGUGAUCUCUUAGAAUUUGUAGUUUCAAAUCAUAUCAAUCGAUAUGGCGAAUGUAGACAGGCGUGUGCAUGUUGACCCAAAUGACAAGCGAAUUCAUCUUCAGCCGCAGUAUGAAGGUGAUGUCGGUUAUGGUUAUGGUUAUGGUGGUCGUGCUGAUUACAAGAGUAGCGGCCCCUCCAGUAACCAAGUCGUGGCACUUAUAGUAGGCGUUCCAGUUGGCGGCUCACUGCUAGCCCUGGCUGGACUCACUCUAGCCGGCUCAGUGAUAGGUUUGAUGCUCUCCGUUCCGCUCUUCCUCCUCUUCAGUCCCGUGAUUGUGCCGGCAGCUAUCACCAUCGGGCUAGCUGUGACCGCAAUCUUGGCUUCUGGGUUGUUUGGUUUGACCGGUUUAAGCUCGGUCUCAUGGGUCCUAAACUACCUCCGUGGGACGAGUGACACAGUGCCGGAGCAAUUUGACUAUGCUAAGAGGCGUAUGGCUGACGCUGUAAGCUAUGCUGGGCAGAAGGGAAAAGACAUGGGUCAGUAUGUGCAGGAUAAGGCCCAUGAAGCACAUGAUACUAGUCUGACCACUGAGGCCAAUGAGCCGGGCAAAACAAGGAGGCACACAUAAAACUGCGGGUUUCUCUUGGAAAGUCGAUUAUGUAAUUUUACUUAUCGUGUCUCAGUUUGUUCCUUCUAGAAUCUUUUGUCAAUAUGUAUGUGUACGUUCGUUUUGUCAUGUCCAAAUAAGAACAGCUGUGACUGAAAUAAGAACGAAAUAAACCUGUUAGUCUUUUUUUUGGAUAA